AUGGAUGCAAUAGCUUGGACCUUCAAGCCGCUAUGGAGAGAAGAUAACGGCUUUACAAUGAGUAAUGAGGGGUCUUAUAGGGUUCUUUUUGUUUUUGAGAAUAAGGAGGAUGUGGAUCGCAUCCUGUCCAGUGAGCCAUGGAGUUAUGAUAAAAGUUUGGUUGUUCUUGAAAGAUAUGACAGGAAAACUCCUCUUGACGAUCUAAAAUUGGACAAGGCAUCCUUUUGGGUUCAAGUGCACAACAUCCCAAUCGGAUACAGAAAUAAAUCAGUUGCUGAAGAUAUAUGUGGAGCCAUUGGCCGGGUUGAUCGUUCCUCUAGUGUUGCAAAUUGUGAGGGAGGUAGUUACAUCAGAGUGCGAGUCACAUUGGAUGUCUUUCAACCGCUGUGCCGAGGAAGAGUUAUUACCUUUGAGGAUGGUGGAAAAAUAUGGAUCAACUUCAGGUAUGAACGAUUGCCUAACAUAUGCUAUUGGUGUGGAUGUUUUGACCAUGGUGACAGGGACUGUGAUCUUUGGAUACAAAGCAAAGGCACUCUCAAUAAAGAAGAGCAGCAAUUUGGCUCAUGGAUUCGAGCAAUCCAAUCGGGACAGCCAAGGAAGAAUGUUGUUCGGGUGUCAGGUUUCUAUGAGGGUAGAGCAAAGAACUUUUCAACCCGACGGCGUAGGGAGGAGCAACCCAGGUCGAGGACGAAUCUGACUCAAGGGUCAAACUCGGUGAGGAAUCCUGAUAAGGAAAAUGCAGAUAUGGAGGCGGAUGUUAUGGAGACUCAGAACCAAAACUCCAAUAUUUCCGCCAAGAUCAAUGAGAAUCCAAAUCCCCCAUUCCAGGAUUACGGAAAUAAAGGAGAAUACUUUGCUCAGAAAUUAAAGGAGAUUGACAAAGAUCUUGGCAUUUAUGAGGAGCCUCCAAGCACGGAAUUUUUCCAAAAGGAAGCCUCUCCUUUAUUUGACAUGGAGAAUCUCCGGGCUGAGCUGGCUAUCAAUGAGAAUGUGGUUUUGACCUCACCACGUGAGCACCACUGCCAUGCUGAACAUGCAGCCCCACUACGUGACAUUUCUAACUACUCCCACACUCCCACAAACUCUGAAUUUUUUCCCCAGCCAAAAUGGAAAUGCCUCUUACGGGUUACUACAGGCUCUGUUUCCAGCAAUGAGGAUCACAUUGGUGCAAAACGUUCCAUGAAUGGGACUGAUGAUCUUCGUGAGUUACCAAAUAAGAAGUUACAAGUUUCCCACGAGGGUAAAGAAAACUUUGCAAUAUUGGCGGAGGCUGUUGUACAGCCUCGCCAAGAGCCAUGA